GACUCGUCGCGGCGCCGUUCCCUCGAUCCUCCCGCAAUUAGACCCCGUUCGCAGACACGGCCAACGCCCGUCUCCUCCUCCAUUCUUCUGCGUCUUGUCCUUGUCCUCCAUCCACGCUCUCCUUCUCUCCCUUCCUCCCACCUCUCCCCCCCUCCGCCCAUACAACCACGCUUGAUUGUGCCGCCUUCCACGCCUUCUUGCUGCCUCGCUGCUGCAUCCGCCCACCCACAUCCAACCCUCGCGCCUUCACCGAGUAAUCCAACCCCAAAAAGGGCACCGCGCAACCUCAACUCGCCCCGAGCACUCCGUGCCGCCCUUGCUCGCCAUCCACCCCCCCCCAAUCCGCCUUCGCCUGCUUGGGCGUGACCAGACCAGAGUUCGCUCUUGAGCUCGCAUCUGCACCUGAAUUUGCACACGCCGGCCUGGCUCGCAAACCCCCCUUUGUCAAGCGUUGGCCAAACAAAAUAAAAUUGCGCGCCGCACCGGCCAGCUCCUUACACCCCAACGCUGCGAAUCUUGUAUGGCCGUACGUCGCAAUUGGCACCGUUUCACCGGUUCCUGACUGUACCACCGAAACAUACCAUAACCCAGCCGACGGAAAGAGAAGAGAGGCGUCGACCGAGUCUUUGUUCGGCCUGCGCUGCGUUUGGCGCCCGCCCCCCGACCUGCUUGAUCGCCUGCCAAACGCUCCCCGGCCGUUUUUGUACCUCCCACCUACCGCUCACGUCCUCGCGCCUGCAAAACGCAAGUAUACACUCCUGCACGCCCACACCCGCACUUGCGACCGCCUGCGCGCAAACACGCACCCUGUCCUGCUACUGCUGUAGCAAGCCUUUGGAAAAGGACCAGCAGCCAAGGGGACCCCUCCCCGCCAAAAGGAAUCGCACCCCAGCCCGUCCCGGCGAACAAUCCCUCCGUAUCGGCUGGCCGAGGCAGGUCUCUCGGUGUCACAUCGCUGCGCGACGUGAUCCCUAGCCGAGAGAAGCCAUCUAAAAUACCUACACGAUAAUGUCUGUCGCUAUGCUCCAGGCUCCCUCCCGGGCAUCCACCAGCAGUUCGUCCUCCUUCAUACAGGUCAGCAGACAGAACACAAUGUCGAGCCACGAUGGGCGCUCCGUGCGCCAAAGCAAGCGCUAUUCCAUGUCCGCCCUUUACUUGUCCUUGAGCGCAAAGGAGAAGGAGCUGGAGAUUGAAGAUGACUUGGCCAAAGCUCAAAAGGCUCUCCGCGAACUCAAAGCCAAGAUCUCGUCGCAGUCGAAGAAGAACUUUGUGUUGGAAAAGGACGUGCGUUACCUCGACUCACGGAUAGCGCUGCUCAUUCAGAAUCGCAUGGCGCUAGAGGAGCGUGAGGAGAUGGCGAGCCACAUGGAAGACGGGGCUGAGGUCCAGGAGGGCAGUUUCCCCAACGACGAGAAGACGCAGCGGUAUGGCAACCUGCUGUUUCUCCUUCAGUCCGAACCCCGCCACAUUGCACAUCUUUGCAGGCUGGUUUCCAUGGCGGAGAUCGACGCGCUGUUGCAGACCGUCAUGUUCACCAUCUACGGGAACCAGUACGAGAGCCGAGAAGAGCAUCUGCUUUUGACCAUGUUUCAGUCCGUCCUCACCUAUCAAUUCGACAACACCCCCGAAUAUUCCUCGCUACUGCGCGCAAACACACCUGUCUCGCGCAUGAUGACCACCUACACCCGAAGAGGGCCCGGUCAGAGCUACCUCAAGGUCGUGCUUGCCGAUCGCAUCAAUGCGCUCGUUGAGCUCAAGGACCUGGAUCUGGAAAUCAACCCCCUCAAAGUCUACGAGCGCAUGAUCACCGACAUCGAGAUGAGGGACGGAUCGCUACCUCCAGAUCUACCCAAGAGCGUGACCGCCGAGGAGGCCGCUGAGAAUGUUUCUGUUCAGCAGAUCAUCGAGCCUCGGGUGAAGAUGCUCAUGGACAUUGGCAACAGCUUCCUCGACACGAUCAUCCAGGGACUUGAGGAGACCCCUUACGGCAUCCGCUGGAUAUGCAAACAGAUUCGCAGCUUGUCCAAGCGGAAAUAUCCAGACGCGCAGGACCACACCAUCUGCACACUCAUCGGUGGCUUCUUCUUCCUGCGCUUCAUCAACCCUGCCAUCGUCACGCCGCGAUCGUACAUGCUGAUCGAGCAGAAUCCUGGAGAGAACGCACGAAGGACACUCACGUAUAUCGCAAAGAUGCUGCAGAACCUGGCGAACAAACCGUCGUACGCGAAAGAGCCGUACAUGAUCAAGUUGCAGCCCUUCAUCAACAGAAACAAGGACCGCAUCAACAAGUUCCUGCUUGACCUCGGUGAGGUGCAGGAUUUCUACGAAAGUCUGGAGAUGGACAACUACAUCGCGCUUUCGAAGCGUGACUUGGAACUGUCCAUCACCUUGAACGAGAUCUACGCCACGCACGCGCUGCUUGAGAAGCACCAUGCCGAGCUGGCAAAGGACGAGUCGGGGCAUCUGAGUCAACUUUUGUACGAGCUCGGGAGCGCACCGGCGCAGCUGCCCAGGAAGGACAACAGAACGGUCAAUCUGCCACUGUUCAGCAAGUGGGAGACGCCCGUGGACGACAUAACCUCUGCCCUGGACAUCACGCAAGAGGAAGUAUUCUUUAUGGAGGCGAAGUCGACUUUCGUCAUGAUCAUGCGAUCGCUUCCUCAGGGCACGCCUGUAACACGGAGACCGUUGCGCUUGGAACGCGUCGCCCAGGCGGCAGCCACGACCAAGAACGACACCGUCAUGGUCAAGAAGGGCAUCCGAGCAUUGGAAUUGCUCAGUCAGUUGCAGGAAAUGGGCGUCUUGGACAAGGACGAUCACUAUGCCCUGCUCCGCGACGAGGUGGAGCAGGAACUCGUUCAUCUUGGCAGCAUGAAAGAAAAGGUGCUCGAGGAGACAAAAAAGCUGGAGGAGGUGUACCGCACGAUCCGCGAUCACAACGCCUACCUCGUCUCGCAGCUCGAGACGUACAAGAGCUAUCUGCACAACGUGCGCAGCCAAGCCGAGGGCAAGAACCGCAAGCAGACCAAGCAACAGGUCCUUGGGCCAUACAAGUUCACGCAUCAGCAGUUAGAGAAGGAGGGCGUCAUCCAAAAGAGCAACGUUCCGGAGAAUCGGAGGGCAAAUAUCUUUUUCAACUUCACAAGUCCCUUGCCUGGUACCUUUGUCAUCUCGCUGCAUUACAAGGGACGCAACCGAGGGCUUCUAGAACUCGACCUGAAGCUUGACGAUCUGCUUGAGAUGCAGAAAGACAACCAGGAGGAUCUCGAUCUCGAAUACGUGCAGUUCAACGUCACCAAAGUACUGAACCUGCUCAACAAACGAUUUGCACGGAAGAAGGGUUGGUGAGGUGAUCAUCUGUUGGCUUCGGUCCCAGCUCGGUCAUUUCAACGGCCAGGUCGAGCGUGAGAUUAUCUGAAAGCCGAACUGCAUUUGGUGCUCAUCGAACACGCAAAGGCCCGGAAGAACAUGAUCUCCCUUUUCAUUUUCCUUUCUCUCCGACCCUCCGUGACUUGAUUCUCCGGACUAGCUAUGGUUUUGUUUCGAUCUUUUGCUGUAUGAGGAUACCCUUUUGGACCAUGUUUUUGGUCAGAUGCCAAACAUACCGGGCGUUUGCUUAUAUGUGUAUCGGGACUGUGGCAGAAUAAUUUACUCCCACCAUUUCUCUUCUUCACCAGAAGUUUAUUUUAACCUCAAGCGGAGCAAUGUUUGGAGAAAAGUGUAUCCUUUUUGUUUGUUUUAUGUGCGUAUGAGGGAGAGAGAGAGAGAGAGAGAGAGAGAGAGAGACGGUGAGAGGGAGGUGGCAAGUCCACUGCUCCCAGGCUAAUCCUUCUCCUUUGAUGGUUUUCCUGACACCUUUCAAGCACUCGUUUUUAUGAUCUAGCGGGGACGAACGAAUAUAACGCUCUGGGGCUUAGCGGCGGUGGCGGCUAUCUAUACAUUUUUGUAGUAUAAGAUCGAGAUCUAGUCGAGAACGAUCGCAUUUGUUUUCA